AUGCAGCAGUCCAGGUUGAGCAGCGAGCAGAAAGGGCCCGAAAUUGCCCGUACGGAAACUGCCAAUGAUGAUGCCAUUCAGUCAAAAGACGCUGUUUUGGAUGCUGCGACCAAAGGCCAGGCCACAACCGGAUACGAGACCUUGACUCCGUGGGAGACGUUCAUGAAGUUCAAAUGGUGUACCUUCUUCGCCUUUGUCGCUGCCUUCGCUGCCGGAGCAGACGGUUACCAGAUAGGUAUGAACGCAGGUAUCCUUGCAAAUCCAGGCUUCGUCGAAACAUUCGCCACCAAGAUCAACAGCAAAGGCAAGCCAGUUCUUGAUUCCAAUAUCAUUGCUGCAUGGGGAAGCAUUCUUCCCGUUGGCCAAUUCAUCACCCAAACUACACUGCCUUUCCUGGCCGCCCCGAUGGGGAGAAAAGUCUCCCUAUAUGUCUGCUGGCUAUGUUUAGCUGCCAGUAUCUUGGGCGAGUCGCUUUCUCGACGAUGGGAACAUUGGCUAGUCGCAAAGAUGUUGGCCGGCAUGGGCCUAGGGUGUCUUCAGGUCACUCUCCCAGCUUAUAUAUCCGAGAUUGCCCCCACACGCAUCCGAGGAAUCGUCCUGAUGACCUAUAACCUUUGGUGGACAGUGGGCACAUUCUUCGCCUACCUCGCUAUGGACGUCAUCUCUGGCUACGAUAGCCACAACUGGCUUCUGCCUAUCUACACACAGUGGGGUCAUAUUGGGCUGAUGCUUAUCAUCUUUCUUGUCCUCCCCGAGUCUGCUGCCUGGGCUGUAUCAGCCGGUAAGCUCGAAAAGGGUAAAAAGGCACUGCGCAGCCUUUACCGGGGGGUCGAGGACUACAAUGUGGACCGACAAAUCGAGGUCCUGGUCUUGAUGGCCGAGCAUGAGAAAGAGGUCGCCAUUGCGCAAGGUCGUGAGAAAUGGACUUCAGUUUUCCGUGGUACUGACGGCUUCCGCACCAUUGUUGCUCUGUGGACCAUCGUAUCGCAGCAGUUCACUGGUCUGGUACUGUUCUCAACUUAUGGCGCCUACUUUUUCCAGCAGGCUGGUGUCGGUGAUCCGUUCAAGAUCAAGUGUAUUAUUCUCGGCAUCAAGCUUGUAGGUGCUAUUUCUGUCGUGUAUUUUGCAGACAGUUUUGGAAGACGCCUUAUCAGCUGCUCUGGUACAACUGCGAUGUGGGGAACAAGUUUCGUGGUUGGAUUCCUGGGCCUUGCAACUCAGACUAAGGCUGUGAAUUCUGCUUUUAUCUUCCUGGCCGUCAUCUGGAACAUUGGGCUUACCAUGACGGGAGCCACCGGCUGGGGCUUCAUUGGCGAAAUUUCGUCUCAACGACUCAGGCCUUACACUUCCGGCGCUGCAUCGGCAUUCAAUUGUGUGGUCAACAUUGGCAUGAACCAGUUGGUGCCUCAUAUGAUCAACGCCAAUGAGUGGAACUGGGGUUUGAAGGCAGGGUUCUUCUACGCCGGUGUUGGAUUACCUUCUGUCAUUGGAUGCUGGUUUCUUAUUCCGGAAACUGCUCGUCGAUCUGCAGCUGAACUUGAUGAGCUCUUUGAGCGAAAGAUCAAGCCAUAUCGCUUCCACAAGACUGAGACUGCUACCCAGCGCGUUGUCGCUCUCAACGGCACUGAUAAAUAG